AUGGAUGAUACGCAUAUUAGACGUAGAUUGAAGACAUACUUCCAUAAACUCCUAAAUGAAGAGGGGGAUAGGGGUAUCGCGUUGGAUAAAUUAGAGCACUCCGAGAGUUGUCGUGACUUUGGUUUUUAUAGGCGUAUCCAAAUGGGGGAGGUUGAGGUGGCUAUGCAUAAGAUGUGUAGGGGAAGAGCGACUGGGCCAGAUGAAAUUCCGGUAGAAUUUUGGAAGAGCAUGGGUAGAGCUGGCAUAGAAUGGCUCACUGGGUUGUUUAACACCAUCUUUAGGAUGAAGAAAAUGCAUGAGGAAUGGAGGUGGAGUACGAUGAUUCCGGGGUAUCAAGCUGCUGAUCCACACUAUGAAAGUCUGGGAGAGAGUGGUGGAAGUGAGGGUGAGGAAGAGCGUGUCUAUUUUCGAAAACCAGUUCGGAUUCAUGACAUGAGUUUGACUACAGAAGCCAUUCACCUUGUAAGAAGGUUGGUGGUGCAGUAUAGGGAUAGGAAGAGAGACUUACAUAUGGUGUUCAUUGAUCUAGAGAAAGCAUACGACAAAGUUCAGAGGGAGAUCCUAUGGAGGUGUUUGGAGGCUAGAGGUGUUCCAGUAGCUUACACUAGGGUGAUUAAGGACAUGUAUGAUGGAGCCAAGACUCGAGCGAGGAUCGUGGGGGCGAAGGUAUUCAGGCCACUUUCCAUUUAUGAUGGGGGUUGCACCAGGGGUCGUUGCCGUUGGACACAUUGA